CCCUCCCGAUGCCGCGAGAGACUGGGGGAUACGGUGGAGCCGGGGGAGCCGAAGAAGAGCACUAGUAACAACCACCACAGCCCCCUCCCCGCCCGACACCCUCCCUCGGCACCCACUCCCCCGCCCCGUUUGCCGACACCGACCAACCCCACCUCGUUCCUUUGAACGGCGUCGGCUGCAGUCGCUGCACCAGCCCGUCUGGCCACCAACGCCGCCGAGAAAGGAGCCGCCGCCGCCUGCGGCCCCCUCCCGCCCGGUCGCGGGAGCAGCGGGGUGAGGAAGAGCCGGCUGCUGAGGAAGAGGACAAGAGAGGGUUGCACCCUCCGCCCUAGCGCACGUCCCACCGCCCUCCGGAGAGGCUCGGGCGCCGGCCCCUUCCUCCCCGAGGACGUGUGCCGAGUCGAGGCGCCUGCCCUGAGGGAGGAAAAUGCUCGGGCUCCAUGGCUGCCAGUGAUGGAGCGGUCCCUGGGCUCCCGCUGCCACCGCCGCCGCCGCGCCCCGGCCGUGCUCCGCGAGGACCCGGCGUCUCUGCGCGCCCGCCCGCGCCUCGUUGCUCGGCUCACCGUACCGGGCGCCUCGCCGCCGCCCCGCUCGCAGCCGCGUCGCCCCGGCCCCAGCCGCGGCCAGCGUUUCCUCACCGAGCAGCCGCCGCGAGCCCAGGGGGUUUGAAAGGGUCUGCGGGGCGCGGGGGGAGGGCCGAGCGGGGCCGGGAGGGGAGGUUUGAGCGACACUGAGCUCGGGGCUCGCUGGCGGCGGCUGCGGCCCCGGGGGUGGCGAGGGGAAGGCGACAUUUGCUUGGCGCUGCCUCCGUGCAGAGCGGCCGGGAGGGCUUUGCAGCGGCCGCCGCCGCGGCGGGAGGAGGGGACUGAGGCGGCUUCGGAGUUGGCCGGAGAAGCUCGCUCUCGAGGGCAGGAGCGACCGGCGCCUUUGGCUGAGGAGGAGGAGAAGGAGGAAUCGCGUCAGGCGGAGCGUCAGGUCCCGUUUUCCUCUCCGGCGUCUCGAAUACAAAGAUUACGGUGCAGAAGGAAAUUGCACUCGUCUCCUCCGCGCCCCCGGUACCCAACACAAUGCACCAGCCGCCUGAGUCCACCGCCGCGGCCGCCGCCGCUGCAGACAUUAGCGCUAGGAAGAUGGCGCACCCGGCAAUGUUCCCUCGAAGGGGCAGCGGUAGUGGCAGCGCCUCUGCUCUCAAUGCAGCAGGUACCGGCGUCGGUAGUAAUGCCACAUCUUCCGAGGAUUUUCCGCCUCCGUCGCUGCUUCAGCCGCCGCCCCCUGCAGCAUCUUCUACGUCGGGACCACAGCCUCCGCCUCCACAAAGCCUGAACCUCCUUUCGCAGGCUCAGCUGCAGGCACAGCCUCUUGCGCCAGGCGGAACUCAAAUGAAAAAGAAAAGUGGCUUCCAGAUAACUAGCGUUACUCCUGCUCAGAUCUCCGCUAGUAUCAGCUCUAACAACAGUAUAGCAGAGGACACUGAGAGCUAUGAUGAUCUGGAUGAAUCUCACACGGAAGAUCUCUCUUCUUCGGAGAUCCUUGAUGUGUCACUUUCCAGGGCUACUGACUUAGGGGAGCCCGAACGCAGCUCCUCAGAAGAGACCCUAAAUAACUUCCAGGAAGCCGAGACACCUGGGGCAGUCUCUCCCAACCAGCCCCACCUUCCUCAGCCUCAUUUGCCUCACCUUCCACAACAGAAUGUUGUGAUCAAUGGGAAUGCUCAUCCACACCACCUCCAUCACCACCAUCACAUUCAUCAUGGGCACCACCUCCAACAUGGGCACCACCAUCCAUCUCAUGUUGCUGUUGCCAGUGCAUCCAUUACUGGUGGGCCACCCUCAAGCCCAGUGUCUAGAAAACUCUCUACAACUGGAAGCUCUGACAGUAUCACACCAGUUGCACCAACUUCUGCUGUAUCAUCCAGUGGUUCACCUGCCUCUGUAAUGACUAAUAUGCGUGCUCCAAGUACUACAGGUGGAAUAGGUAUAAAUUCUGUUACUGGCACUAGUACAGUAAAUAAUGUUAACAUUACUGCUGUGGGUAGUUUUAAUCCUAAUGUGACAAGCAGCAUUCUUGGUAAUGUUAAUGUAAGUACAAGCAAUAUUCCUAGUGCUGCUAGUGUGAGUGUUGGGCCUGGAGUUACCAGUGGUGUUAAUGUGAAUAUCUUGAGUGGCAUGGGCAAUGGUACUAUUUCUUCCUCCGCUGCUGUUAGCAGUGUUCCUAAUGCAGCUGCAGGGAUGACUGGGGGAUCGGUUUCAAGUCAGCAGCAACAACCAACAGUUAACACUUCGAGGUUCAGAGUUGUGAAGUUAGAUUCUAGUUCUGAGCCCUUUAAAAAAGGUAGAUGGACUUGCACUGAGUUCUAUGAAAAAGAAAAUGCUGUACCUGCUACAGAAGGUGUGCUGAUAAAUAAAGUGGUGGAGACUGUAAAGCAAAAUCCGAUAGAAGUGACUUCUGAAAGGGAGAGCACUAGUGGGAGUUCAGUGAGCAGUAGUGUCAGCACACUGAGUCACUAUACAGAGAGUGUGGGAAGUGGAGAGAUGGGAGCCCCUACUGUGGUGGUGCAGCAGCAGCAGCAGCAACAACAACAGCAGCAACAACCAGCUCUCCAAGGUGUGACCCUCCAACAGAUGGAUUUUGGUAGCACUGGUCCACAGAGUAUUCCAGCAGUUAGUAUACCACAGAGUAUUUCUCAGUCACAGAUCUCACAAGUACAAUUACAGUCUCAAGAACUGAGCUAUCAGCAGAAGCAAGGUCUUCAGCCAGUACCUCUGCAAGCCACUAUGAGUGCUGCAACUGGUAUCCAGCCAUCGCCUGUAAAUGUGGUUGGUGUAACUUCAGCUUUAGGUCAGCAGCCUUCCAUUUCCAGUUUGGCUCAACCCCAGCUACCAUAUUCUCAGGCGGCUCCUCCAGUGCAAACUCCCCUUCCAGGGGCACCACCACACCAACAGUUACCGUAUGGACAACAGCAACCAAUGGUUUCUACACAGAUGGCCCCAGGCCAUGUCAAAUCAGUGACUCAAAAUUCUGCUUCAGAGUAUGUACAACAGCAGCCAAUUCUUCAAACAGCAAUGUCCUCCGGACAGCCCAGUUCUGCAGGAGUAGGAGCAGGAACAACAGUGAUUCCUGUGGCUCAGCCACAGGGUAUCCAGCUGCCAGUGCAGCCCACAGCAGUCCCAGCACAACCUGCAGGGGCAUCUGUUCAGCCUGUUGGCCAGGCUCAGGCAGCAGUGUCUGCUGUACCUACUGGCAGUCAGAUUGCAAAUAUUGGUCAGCAAGCAAACAUACCUACUGCAGUGCAGCAGCCGUCUACCCAGGUUCCACCUUCAGUUAUUCAGCAAGGUGCUCCUCCAUCUUCGCAAGUGGUUCCACCUGCUCAGACUGGGAUUAUUCAUCAGGGAGUUCAAACUAGCGCUCCAAGCCUUCCUCAACAAUUGGUUAUUGCAUCCCAAAGUUCCUUGUUAACUGUGCCUCCCCAGCCACAAGGAGUAGAACCAGUAGCUCAAGGAAUUGUUUCACAGCAGUUGCCUGCAGUUAGUUCUUUGCCCUCUGCUAGUAGUAUUUCUGUUACAAGUCAGGUUAGUUCAACUGGUCCUUCUGGAAUGCCUUCUGCCCCAACAAACUUGGUUCCACCACAAAAUAUAGCACAAACCCCUGCUACCCAAAAUGGUAAUUUGGUUCAAAGUGUUAGUCAACCUCCCUUGAUAGCAACUAAUAUAAAUUUGCCUUUGGCACAACAGAUACCACUAAGUUCUACCCAGUUCUCCGCACAAUCAUUAGCUCAGGCAAUUGGAAGCCAAAUUGAAGAUGCCAGGCGUGCAGCGGAGCCCUCCUUAGUUGGCUUACCUCAGACUAUCAGUGGUGACAGUGGGGGAAUGUCAGCAGUUUCAGAUGGGAGUAGCAGCAGCCUAGCAGCCUCUGCUUCUCUUUUCCCGUUGAAGGUGCUACCGCUGACGACACCCCUGGUGGAUGGCGAGGAUGAGAGUGCUUCUCUCCUACCAGAGGUGCAAGGAGUGAUCCUAGAACCACAGAUACAGCCAAGACCACGGAGAGCUUUUGACGUCAGGGGUCCACUUUCUCCACUGAACCCUUGGAGACAGAAUAUCCAGCUUCUGGAGAGAGUGGGAAAGGAUAAUAAACAAAUUUCUUUCAACUGGUAAAACAUCAUACUUCUUCAGCAAAAGGAAUUCUUCUAGCAGAGCCUUCAUGGAUGAUAUCUGUCACAUAUGCCAGCACCUGCAGUUUGGAAGGCAGUGGUGAAUGGAUCCAUGCAAUAUGUCUAGAAGACACAAGGAUGAGCCAGCCACCUGAUCUUGUCAUUUAUAAACUUUUAAGAAUUACUCUGGUUUACUUUUGGUCUGAAAAUGGAAAGGCCCAAAUAAUGAAAUAAUCUUUUCAGAUUGGAAUUUUGCAUGGCCAUGAAAAUAUUUCUUUCUAUUCAGAAGACUGAAAUAGAGGAAGCUUGAGAGACUCCUUUCUUUUAAAAGCGGCUCUCUGUAUCUGUUUCAUUUAAAACAUUUGUGGGAUUGAAAAUCACCUUAAUGAAGUAGGCAAACAUUUUUUUAAGUAGUAGAGGAAGUCUAGAAAACUUAAUGAAAUGGUUUUUUUUGUUGCCUGACACUGAAAGUAACUAGUAAAUAAAGGGUGAACUUCUUAAUUAUUCGAAAACUGCUUUUAAUAUUAGGAUAUACUCUUUUAGCUCAUCUUCGCUGGUCUUGAGCCUUAUUAUAACUGUCAAAUCAACAAAGUUUCUAAUAGAGAAGUAGAAGAAAUAUCUUUUGAGAUGUAAGUAGCUUGGUCUGUCUUCUAAACUAAUACAUACCUGUUAAACUUGAGGUAUUUUUUUCAUACUGAAGGCAUUCUAAAGUUUGGUACUGUCACAAAACAGUAGUUUACAGAGCAGAAGCACUUAGUAUUAGAAUAAGCCUGUAGGUGUGAAGGAAUAAGUGUUGCAAAAUAGUUAUUUAUCCAAGCUGUCAAUUAAUUGAUUGAAGUAGUUAUCAAAAUGUUUCUGUUUCUUUCUUUGGUAUCUAUUAACUGGUCAGUCAAAAGCUAUUAAAGAACGUUUUUAAAGUCACCUAAUGCUGCCAGUUUGUUAAAUUUGGUAUACAUUUUAAGAAUAGACCUUCUAGAGUUAUUAAUAUAGAAGCAGCUAAAAUAUUUUAGGAAAUCUCAAAAGUUUUAGAAGCCACAUUUGCUAAAGCAUAACCUGCAUUUAGUCUUUCUUGGCUAUCUGUAUUUUUUUCUCAUUAAUUAUAAAUAAAUUUUUGUUAAGUAUAGUAUUUAAAAGUAAGUUUAAAGGUUCAAUUUGAACUGAAAUUUCCCCAGAGAGCUUUGAAUUCCCAUAAGUGAUUACAACUUUUACUCCCGACUUGUUUUUAGUAAAUGUUAAUAAGACAAUUGGUUUACAAACACAUACAAAUUAAAAAAACAACUGUCCAUCGUUUUAGGAAGAACUGAAGGAACUAAAAAUGAGAUUUGCUUGGAAAUUAAGUUAGUUGAACUCUUUGAACCACAGUAGAAACCGCUUUGUGUGGCCUGUGAGAUUAUAAGCUUUUUGUUUCAGCUUUGAAGAGAAAAGUGAUUUAAUCUCUUAAUCUCAUGCUUUGAUUGAAUUUUAGCUCUGUUCCUUAAAAUAUGCAAAAGGAAAUGUAAGUGCAUUUCUAGUCACCUCAUGCCACUACAAGCUAUUUAUUUAAAAGUGAAACUUUUUGUAUAUUAUUGUGAACUGAUUUGUUUAUUUAAACUUUUAUUUUGGUGAAUUUACCUUUGAGUUUUUUUAUAUUUUAUGUCACAAAAUGAAGUCCUAUAUUUUUCAGUGUUUGUGAAUAUUAAUAUAAACUAUUUUUUCUAGAAUGACUAAUUGUGUAAUAUCUGUAUUAUGUGAUAAUUUGAAAUCUAAUAAAUAUUUUCUCCAUGAAAAAAA